AUUAAAGCAGAUUUCAUUCAAUAUAGCUAUAGGACAGAUACAUUUGUAUCACAAGAUACAAGAUAUAAGAUUUGUAACACAUGAAAUGUAUAGUAUCUUUCAUUUUGUGGUGGAUUUUUAUUUUCCUUUGGUAUUUGAAUUGUGUGAAUUUCUUUAGAAAAUAUUAAGAUAUUAAUGUGGUAGGUGUUUUGGAUUUGUAUUCACAAUUGUAUAAUUAAGAGAUCUAACAUAUUAAAGUUAUGAGUUUUGUAAUUUUAAACGAUACUACCCUGUCUGCACCAUAAGUCUGUGGGAGGUAGACUGAAAACACUCUACUAGUAUGUCUAGGCCUGUGCUCAUUCUCACUGACACAGAUAAGAUUGAGAAGUUAGACACAAUAGUUAUUGGAUGCCUACUCCAUUAGAAACAGAAGGAGAAAAUCUAUUGCUUGCCAGAUUAGAAAAAUGUCAUAUAAAAAAGAAACUCUGGCUCUAGUAUCCUCUUGUGUCCCCAUAUGUGUGUAUCUAAUCUCAGCUGGUCCACCUGAGAAUCCCCCCUGCACCCCGAGUGCAAACAUCCCCUGCACGUGGUCCCAUUUCUGUUCCAACAAGAUGAAAGAAGCUGUCAUGAAGUAGAAGAAACUCACUGAACUGCAAGCACAAGUGUGCAUUGGUGGGAAGGGAACUGUUCACGCAAAGAAGGUGGCUCCUAGAACAGCUACAGCAGAUGAUAAAAAAAAAAAAAAAUUCAGUUCUCCGUAAAGAAGUUGGGGGUAAACAAUAUCUCUGGUAUUGAAGAAGUGAAUAUGUUCACAAACCAAGGAACAGGGGUCCACUUUAAGAACCCUAAGGUUCAGGCAUCCCUGGCAGCGAAAACUUUCACCAUUACAGGUCACGCUGAGACAAAGCAGCUGACAGAAAUGCUACCCAGUUUCUUGAACCAACUUGGUGCAGACGGUCUGACUAGUUUAAGACUGGCUGAAGCUCUGCCCACACAGUGUGUGGAUGGAAAGGUACCGCUUGCUACCGGAGAGGAGGGCGAUGAUGACGUUCCAGAUCUUGUGGAAAACCUGGAUGAAGCUUCAAAGAAUGAAGCAAAUGAAUAGAGGCACCUUCUGAAGAAGAUAAAAUUUGAAGGAGUUACUGGGAGCUAUUUUAUAUUAUGACUGCUUUUUAAAACUAUUGUUCAUGGAUCUGAUAAAAUCUAGAUCUCUAAUAUUUUUAAGCCCAAGUCUCUUGGACACUGCAGCUCUUUUCAGUUUUUGCUUAUACACAAUUCAUUCUUUGCAGCUAAUUAAGCUGAAGAAGCCUGAGAAUAAAGUUUGAAACAAGGUUAGUAAAGUUCUCUGCCUAGCAAAAAAAAAAAAAAAAAAAAAAAAAAGAAAGAAAGAAAGAAAAGAAAAGAAAAGAAAAGAAAAGAAAAGAAAACAAGAAAGAAACUGUUUCCAAGAUUCCAAACAGGUAAAUCAAAUGUUGUUAACAGUACUCUGGUAGACAUUGUUAGAUUGUGGUCUUUUAGAGACUUAAAUGGAUUUUCCAGAAUAUAAACACACUGCCCACACUUGGCCUAUCUAUACAUAUUUUCAAGGCAUAGUUUUGAUUAUUUAUAUCUGUGUCUGUAUCUGUACCUAUUCAUUUUAGUUAUAGUGAAUAAUUUUGGAAAGCAUUUUGCUUCAACCUAGCGUUCAUAUGGUUCAAGGCAUAGAAGGACAGGGUUGCGGGGAGCUCUUAGGGAGACGGUCCUCCACAGUGCCUAACUGAUGCCCUUUCAUGAUAUGUGUUAGAUGGUGUACAGCUCAGCUCUGCUUCAGGAAAGCAACUAUUGGAUCCCAGCUGUUUGGUCCUCCUGUUUCUUGGCUUCUAGGCCUUAUCUCACGCUCAAUUUGAAAACUUUUCAUUUGAAGGAUCCUAAUUUGAUCCCCAGAUGAAAUCCUUAACUCAUAUGAUAGGCACUGUGUUGAACUGACUUGCGCCAUGCCUUCUAAAGAUCAUGACUUGUUUUGCAGGGAGAAAGAUUAAAUUAAAAUGGAGGAGUUGAUUACUUUUGCCACUUUCCUUGUUUCUUCCCAACUCCUCCCAAAGAAAAAAGGACGGAGCUUUUCCACCACUUGUUUUUUCUAAAAGCUUGCACAAAUAACUAACUCAUCAGGCCUCAAGUUCUUUAUCUGUAGACAAGGAUAAUAAUAUCUGUUAUGUAAGGAUUAUGGCAAUUAAAUUUAGUAAACAUCUUCUGAGCUCUUUCUGUAUCCUUGGUCUAGUAAAUGGUAACAUAAUUUCUUUGUAAACCUUUUAGCACAGUAUCUGGUACAUGGAGAUCAACAAGUAUGAUUCCCUUUGCAUUCUAAAAU